CUCCCUCCUUAACUGCGGUUCUCCCUCCACCCGAAGGUGGAGGAGGAGGAGAAGACCGGACUCGGGAGUCCCUUCGCACCUCCUCGGUGCUGCUGGAGAGAAAGAGGAGCUGAGCGGGGGGAAAAAUGAAUGUUAUACUGCUGUCAGCAGAUGAGUUCACCUUGCAGACCACGGGCCCCAUUCGGAUUUUCAGUUUUCCGCAAACGUCCGGUGAUUCGCUCUGCGUGACCCAAGCUCAGAAAAAGCGGAGACCUCACCACUGCUCUGUGUGCGGAAAGAGUUACCUUCAGCGGAGUCAUCUGCAAACGCACCAGCGCGUCCACACCGGAGAGAGGCCAUAUGACUGCUCAGAAUGCGGGAAGAGGUUUAAUCGACAUUGUCAUCUCCAGCGACACCAGCGCAUUCACACGGGAGAGAAGCCGUAUAACUGUUCAGAGUGCGGGAAGAGCUUUACUACACAGAGUUACCUACAAACACACCAGCGCAUUCACACCGGAGAGAAGCCACAUCAGUGCUCGCAGUGCGGGAAGAGUUUCACUAGACUGAGUAACCUCAUACAACAUCAGCACACUCACACGGGAAAGAAACCGUACGACUGCCCAGAGUGUGGCAAGAGUUUUACCCUGCCGAGUCAUCUUCAAACACACCAGCGCAUUCACACGGGAGAAAAACCGUAUUACUGCUCAGAUUGUGAGAAGAGCUUCAGACAUUCUAACAGUUUGAAGUUGCACAAAUGUAUUAAGAAAGAGGUGGAAGCUCACGACACUUGAGUUUACAUAGAAGUUUGCUGGCCACUCUGCUAUAAUUUAGCGUCUUGGUGGACAUUGGGUUUCUUGGGUUUAUCCAGAACUGACAAGAAACAGCAUUACAGUGAUCUUUGCUAUGGACAUCAUAGUUAAGGGGUACCCAGCUAUGCUCCUGGUCACCUGUUGCCCUUCUGUGGUUAACAUGAAUGCUCCAAAACAUGGCAAGGCCUUCAAAUGACUUGUCGGAUGUGCUAAAUGACAGGACGUUUGCAGGUUUACGGAAUCUGUGUAUAGCCAAAUUAUGUUCUGCCAUCAGUGAAGGUGAAGAUAGGAGUGUAGACUCGAAUCCAUUCAUGAUACUGGGUUAAUGAUUUGGUAUCAGUGAGUGCGUUUACAUGCACUUAAUAACCCGAUAACUGCAGAAAAUUAGAUUUUGUCAGUAAUCCGAUCGACGCAUCGUAAUCAGUCGACGUAAGUAAUCAGAUAAUGAGAAAACUCCAGGUCUACAAUAAUCUGAUUUAUGCUUUGCAACCGACCAAUAAACUCAUCGAAGAAGACGUGACGUAAACGUAAUGUACAACUCAAACUUCCACGGCUUCUUUUUAAAAAAGACAUUGAGCCACUUGAAAAUAUGAACACACAUCAUCUAGAAGAUGAAGAUGAUUUAAAUCCUUCGUUUCGUCAGGCAUGUAUUUGGUUUCAGCAUCGCUCCAAAAGUGUGGCUGUGUCUCGCUUAAUUUCCAGUACCGCCGUCUGUUUUCACACAUGCUCAGACUGAGAAAUCCGAAAGAAAUCAGAGUAAGAGUUCACGCACGCUGAGCAGUCUGAUUACUGAGCUAAAAUCCAGCAUCUCUUUACUGGAUUUCUUAAUCGAUUGGAUUUCUCUAGACCUUACUCUGAUCUGAGUAAUCAGAUCGUGCUGCUUACGUGACUAUUUGUGAUUGGAUAAUCGAGUGCAUGUAAACACUCUCAAUAUUUUGAACAAAACGUGAAAUAAGAAAAUAUGACUAUAACCAUCUUAUUUUGUAACUUACUAACUACACUAGAGCUGGAGUGAGUUACUGAUUGGUGCUGAUCGUUUGCAAACGUUGGGGGUAAAACAAUGCAAAUGCAUUAGAAUGCAUAAUUAAUAGAAGGCCCAGGUCCUGAUAUUCCUAAUGAAGACGUUCAAAUGUUUAAAAUACCAUUAAAACAGAAACAAGAGUUAUUUUAGGAUACGUGUCAGGCUCCAGUCCUCACGGGGCCAGACUUCAGCACACUGCCUCAUUAAGCACGCCUGAUUCAGCUCGUCGGCGAGGUCCUCAUGAACUGAAUUCAGAGUGUUAGUUGAGGGUAAACGCUGAUCUCCACAGCUUUUGGCCUGAAAGGUCCUCAGUUUAACAUUCCUGCUUUAGGAUGUGGUUGUAGGAUCAUUUUUUAGAGGAAACACUUUUUAUUUUCAGAAGGAAUCAGUUAGCAGGAAAACUAUUACAUUCACAUGCUCCUGUAUAGUUAAAGAGGCCUUCUGGCCUAAAACGAGAUAAUAAAAUAUAACAAAGGACCUAAAACGCUGCCAUGGGAGGCAUCACUAGUCACUGGUUCCAUUUCAGGAACUACAGUAACCUCCACUUUUAAACCAUCCCAGGAAGGCAUUCACCACACGAUUACUGUACUUGAAAAACUCAUGACUCGGAAGUUCUUAUAUCCAUUUUUUUUUGUUUACCAGAGUAGGCAGGCACCUGCAGAACGAGACAUCUGAACUUGAUAGAAAUGGGUAAAAAAGAUUGUGCUCGUUUAUGUGCUGGAGUCUCCCCAUGAACAGUUUUUCAACUGUCGUUGUGGCCCUGAGAAUAGAAACUGGUUGAUAACGUUGGGUCAUUCUGUGAUGAAGCACAUUGAACGUUGUUCAUCAUUCAGCACUCAAGCCGUGCAGAGUAACUGUUAAUGGCCUGUUUCCCUCUGUGUUUCUUAUUAUUGUCUUUUACUCAUGUAUCCCAGUUUAGCUAUUCAAAGAAUGAUGGCUUCCGAAAUUGCGUUGUUGAGAUGGGGGCUUUAUGCUAAAGCCCUAUUCCGACUGGAUUAGUUUUACAUGAGGAGGUGGGUAAUGUGGUUAUUACCGACAUUUCUCAGUGAUUUUAGUCCCAUCCCAAUGCGCCAUGUCAGUCAUUUUUACAGACUGCUUGCUUCUGUGACAAGAUUCCGGUGCCUUUUUACCUUCCGUAAAAGAAGCUGUAAAAAUAACGUCAGGUUAUAUUAAUCCUGAAUUGACGUGUUGGUAAAACGCUAUUGUAUCCUGUGGAAAAGAAGUUCCUCCAGUAUGAAGGCACAUUUACUUGUGCUCUCUAACUAAGCUUAAGUCUCUUGUUCAGAUUUUCCUGUUGCAUCUUAAGUAGUGUAGCAAUUAUUAUUAUGACGCCAGAUGGAAGGUGGAACGGGAAAGUUUGAACAAGAAGCUGGCAAAUAGGAAUAGGACUUCAGCCUCAUUGUUCUCUGUGGCUAAAAUCAGGCAAAUGUGUAUUGUUAUGGGGCAGUCGUGGGCUGUAAGUGAGGAACCAGCCUACAGUAGGUGACUGAAGUGCGUUUGAGCAAGACACCCAACCCCCCACUGCUCCAUGGGUGCUGUGGAUAGGGCUGCCCACUGCUCCAGGCAAGUAUGCUCACUGCCCCCUAUUGUGUGUGUUCACUAGUCUGUAUGUGUUUUUUACUGCACGGCUGGGUUAGAAUGCGGAAGUGAAAUUUCCCCAUUGAGGGACUAAUAAGGGUCACUACUCUUGAUCUUACUGUCCUGACGCACUGCCUUCACCUAAGACAGUGAGGCAAAUGACCAGCUAAAACAAGUAAUGGCUAAAUUAAAUGUUUUAACAUUGUUUCUAGUCUUUUUCUGGAGUGAAGGCAGCAAGCAAAUCGAGUAGCUGGUCAUAAACGUAACAGAUGUCCUGAGGUAAACUGGCGUUACCCACCUCCCCAUGGAAAACAUACCCCGUCCGAAAAGGCCUUAGGAAGGCAACGUUUUGCAAGCUUGUGUCUGAACAUUUUUGGCAUUUUAUCAUCUAUGUUUUGAUAUUUUCUUGGUAUGUGUGUGAAAUGCUUUGUUUUGGGGUAUUUUCUCUUCAGGGAGGUCUUCUGAAGUAGUUUGAUAACUGAUGUUUCAUGCAUCACUUUUACCUUUGGUUAGAUGGUAAACAGUCGUAUCAAUACUUCCAAUACCGGCGUUUCUAUUUGAGAAACGGUGCUUUUUUUUGACAGUAAGUUGUGUUUAUAUACAGUGUAUAUGUGUUUUAUUUUACACUGAAUGUUUCUUUAAAGCUGAAAAUCUUAAAGAAAUAAAUAGACAAACAUGUGAAACAGAA